CUCCGCGCGCGCUGCUGCUGCUGUGAACUCUGCCUUCCGGGGGGGGGGGGGUGCGCCCCCUGGAGGGCGCCUUGAGGUACUUGCCAGUUCGAGCCAUGGCCGGGGCGCGCGCCGUGCUGGUGGUCCUGGCAGCGCUGGGAGUGGGCGCCGCGUCGCCAGGGUUAAUAUGUCUGAAGGAACCACACAACGUUAAUGUCGAUGUUGUCGAUACAACCAUAAUUCUGAAAUGGGAGUGGGAUAAUCCAUGUGAUCUCAAUGUAACCUUUUCAACUCGGUACCAACAAAACCAAGAAAAUGAAGAAAUAAGUCCUGAUACAUGGUCUGCUAUUUUGGAGUGUCAAGAUAUAACAACUACAGAAUGUGAUCUUUCAUCAACAAUUCUAGAGUAUUUGGAAAACUAUACCGUGGGUGUACGAGCUGAUACCACACAAGAUUAUUCCCCUUGGGCAGAUUUAACAUUUUGUCCAUUUAUGAACGCCAAGAUUGGUCCCCCAGGAGUGUGGCUAGAUUCCAUAAACGGAAAUGAGAAAAUUAUCAUUUUAAAUCCUGAAAUAAACAAACCAGUGAAAAUGUGGGAAAGUGAGAAUUUAUGCUACAACCUGACUAUCUGGAAAAACUCAUCUCAUCCUGAGGAAAAAACUGGGCCUGUUUUUCCAGGUCAAUUCAUUCAUGACCUUGAACCAGAGACCACAUAUUGUUUAAAAGUGAAUGCUUUUCUGCCCUAUAACAAUGGUUUAUAUAGUCCAGAAUACUGUAAGCGAACCCCUAAAGCUUGGACUGGUCUACCUGUUCCUGAACACCUUCAAGUACAUGCCUUGAAUAUGAAGUGUGUCUUGUACUGGGACUAUCUGUAUGAAGGAAAUGUGAGCUUCCUAGUACAAAGCCUCUUUGGACAUAAAUCACGGUCCUCUCCUGAUAUAUCAAAGAAUUGGAUCAACGUUUCAGGAUGCGAAAAUGUCCAAACAGCACAUUGCGAUAUCUCAGAUUUUGUUGGCUUUGAUGGAAUUUAUUAUUUUCAAAUCCAAGCAGUACAAAACCACAAGAAAUCACCUUGGUCUAAAAUGCAGCGAUUUGAACCUCACAGAGAUAAUAAUCUCGGCCCUCCAAGCAUCAAGCUUAAUGCCAGUGAAGAUUCACUUCAGAUUUCUGUUGCUUCACCCGGAGAAGUUGAAAAUAAUUCAAUGAGCAAACUAUAUCCAUUAACUUACCAAAUUUGGUACUGGCCAAAUUCUUCAUAUAACAAGAAGAAAGAAUUUGUGGAUAAAACAUCGCCACCAUAUGUAAUCUCAGGCUUAUCCCCAUCCACUCUAUACUGUGUUCAAGUGCAAGCAUUUGCUCAACAAUAUAAUAAAAGUAGCGAGUUCAGCAAUGUAAGCUGCAUUGAAAUAGCCAAAGGAAACUUCUUAGCUGUGUAUAUACCAAUUGCAAUCUUCGUGGCUGUUAUUUUGCUAAUAAUUGGCUUCAUCUAUUUUACACACUUCAUUUGCAAACAAGUCAAAUAUGUCUUCUUUCCAAAAUGCAACCCUCCUUUGACCAUAGAGAACAUUGGAGGAAAAGAUGUGAGCAGUUCCUAUUUGCUGACUUCAGAAGAGCCCACAGAAGACUGUGUUGUCAUCGUUGACAAUAGCUCCCCAAAUGAUGUUGAUCUGGUUGACGUGAAAGACCUCAGAGAGCAAGAGGAAAUUAGCCAAGAUUCUGGAAACUAUUCAAAUAAUUCUGGAAGUAAAGGAUCCCUUCAAACCACAGAGCAGAAAGAAACAUGAGCCUGUAAAGUAGUUGGCAGAAAUCACAAGAUGUCAUGGAUACCAGAAACUUUGUAUCCCAAAAUAGACUAACAGGUGGCAUCUGAUAUUUUAAAUUUUGUUUACUGCUAUUGGAAGAUCUGCUGGGAUGUGAGAAACAUGAUGGGAAAAUAUUUACACCAUCAUUUUAACUGGACAUUGGUGUUUAAACAUGCUCUAUAACAUGCCCCUGGUGGCACAGUGCGUUAAAGCGCUGAGCUGCUGAGCUUGCGGACCAAAAGGUGCCAGGUUCAAAUCCUGGGAGUGGAAUGAGCGCCCGCUGUUAGCCCCAGCUCCUGCCAACCUAGCAGUUUGAAAAUAUGCAAAUGUGAGUAGAUCAAUAGGUACCGCUCCGGCGGGAAGGUAACGGCGCUCCAUGCAGUCAUGCCGGCCACAUGACCUUGGAGCUUGGAGGUGUCUACGGACAACGGCGGUUCUUCGGCUUAGAAAUGGAGAUGAGCACCACCCCCAGAGUCGGUCAUGACUGGACUUAACGUCAGGGGAAAAACCUUUACCUUUACCUUUUAAAACACAAAAAAAUCCUGAGAACAUAUAUGCCAGUAUGGAUACUAGGCAUGUGCGAUCCAUGAAAAAAAUGGUUCAAUACUGGCUUCAAUAGUAGGGGGCGCUGGCGCUUCAUUUCUAAAGUCAUUCCAAAUUUUGAAGCAAAAAAUUCAAAACUUUCCGAAAAUUUGGAAUCUUCGUAUAUACCUCGUUAAUAGCAGAUGUGCACGCGCAUGAAGGAAAAUAUUAUUGUCAAUGGGGAAACUUGAGGGGCUUCUCUCUUCCUCAUUUUUUGAGAUAUCCUAAUGAAAUUUGCUACAGCGGUAGAAUAUGUUUCCCACUGUUAGCUCACCAAAUCUAAGAACGUUUGACUUAUCCUCAGAUUUUUGGCAAAUUUUCAAAGUUUUUAUAAAAAACAUUUUUUAAUAAUAACAAAAAUCUGUUCCUGGUUUGGAAAUGUUAUUUCCUGUUUCAUUGGGUUGUCUUUACUUUAAAAAUCAUUUUUCUACUUCAGAAACUUUGUUUUUGUGGCUGAAACCUUGUUAAAUUGGUGGACAGAGACUCAACAAACCAUAAUGUGCUAUUUUUUAUAGGACGAUGUCCCUUGCACAAAGACAAAGUUUUGGCAGUGUAAUAAAGUUUUGCCUUAUUUUUAUGACAAAACCAAUUAGGAAAUGACAUUUAUCAACAAGGAACAUAAAUCAUAGCACGCCAUCAAAUCACUCCUGACAGAUGGCCAUCAGCCUCUGAAUAAGGAAAUCUGUUCCUGGUUUGAAAGUGUUAUUUCCUAUUUCAUUGUGUUUUCUGGGGCUGAAAGUGUGUGAUUUGCUCAAGAUCACCCACUGGAUUUCCAUGGCUAAGUGGGGAAUCAAGCCACAAUUGUAGCCCAACUCUCAAACCACUAUACUACACCAUUCUGUCUCAAAACGGGCCCGCUUCUAACCAGGAGGGAAAACGUUCAGGAGUGGGUUUCUUCCUAUGAGGCUUAGCCCGCUUCUAACCAGGAGGAAAAACACUCAGGAGUGGAUUUAAGAGCCUCAUAGAAACCAAUCAGGAAGGAAGGGGGUUUUCUCUCCUAGAUAGCAGCGGGUUUAAGAGCUCCAUAGAAACCAACCAGGAAGGUGCGUAGUCAUGGUGGAGAGAGGGGCACAUUAGGACUCUGAGGAGAGUGCCAGCUCUGGAGGGUGACUGGGUAGAGCAGCAGCUCCCUUUCCCCCGUGGAUUAAGACAGGGGAGAACAGCAAAACCGGGAGGUCAGUCGAAGGUCCAAAAGGGUUCUCCACUUAAAGAAAGAAGAGGAGGAGAAGGAGAGAAGAAGAGACACGCGGAAACAUAGGAGUGAAAGAAAUAAAAGGGUAUCGGAAAGAGGCAAGGGGACACCCAUGAGAAAAGAAGAAAAAAUCCUGGGAAACAGAGAAUGGAGGGAGAAACAAAAGAGCAAGAACAAGAGAGGGAUCAAUUUAUAUUGGGACUAGAAAAGGAGGCUGACCAUGAAACAGAUUUGUUGAGUUUACGAGGGGGCUAAAAGUAAACAAAGGGAACACCCAGAGCGUGGAAGGAAGAGGGGUGUGGAAACCAACCAGGAAGGGAAGGGGGUUUUCUCUCCUGGAUAGCCAGGAGAAAAAACGCUCCAGGCUUGGUUUCUAUGGGGCUCAAUGCUAACCAGGAGAUUGGUUGAAUUAAAACACUUUAUCAUAUAUCCGAAGGUUAUCCAAAGAUAUUCCGAGGCAUGGGCGCCAACGCUUCGAAUUGGAAGGUUAAAUUCAAAGCGCCAAACCACCUUGGAACCCCGUUUGGAUUUAUUAUGAUUAACGAAUUUAUUACGAUUAAUGACGAUUCUGAUUAAUUUGCCCAUGCCUAAUAGAUACCAAAUUGAUUGUUACAGUAUUAAUUGUAAAUACAAGUCUUCUGUAGCAGUUUUUAAAAAGUACUGAAGGGUGGUUCUCCAACUUUUCACAAGGAAGAAGGCACCUCUCUUCUGACUAAAUGUAUGCCCACAUUGUGAGUGUUGGUUGAUGUUGGGGACUUGCCAAGCAUAGGUUGAUCAUUGGUGCCUUAAUGAAAUCUUACGCAAGUUUACAAUUUCUUUACACAAUUGUUCUGCCAAGCUUAGUGUUUAGCUGCAAGUAUUACAGUCCUGAGUUAAACAAUGGUUAUAGCUCAGGAAUGGGAAUCCCUGUUGACAAUGAAUCUCUAUCUCUACUGGUUUCAAGACCUAUAUUCCAACCAUGGUGGGGUUAAGGGAACAGGACAAGUUAAAUGUGGAUUAUUUAAAAUAGGAAAGCCUUUACUGGUGUCACCCAGGGAAUCAAAUGACAAUCACUGACCAGACUAUCAGUGUUUCUCAGAAUAUUUUUUAAAAAAUCAUUUCUGUGUCCUUUGUUUCAUAUUUUCCCCUUCUAGUCUACUUUCCAUGAUGGAAGGAUGAGUAUUAAUAUGUCUUUAAUCACUGAAAUGUUCUGUUAUUACAGACAGCAACCUUUCAUUGAUCCAUUUCUGUGCCUUCUGGCCCAAUGCUAAUGAAGGAGAAGGAGAUGUUCACGUUGACUGUAAUUUUGUUUCUUCAAAUAACUUGUGCAAUUUGAUUUACCUUUUCUUCCUUCCACAAUCUCAUGCUCUCUUUUACAGACAUUUGUGGAACUGAGACACCACAGUGGUAUAUUCCAUUGUGUCAGUCUUCCACUCCACACAGUCAAGAUUUUACUGAAAUCUGAGCUCCUGGCGCAUGUUGUAUGUAUGUGUGAUUUUAAUGUGUUGAGUAGAUGGGUCUAGGGUUAAUAUGUUCAUUUAUCAAUCUUCAGUUAUACUUUAGGUACAGCAAAACGAAACCCAAUGGCCAGCACACAUCAUUUGAAUGCCCAUUGUCUUUUAGCCUUAUUUUUAAAUGUCAGCUUGCCUUCCAGGAAGCAUAUCUGAAUUAUUUGGUUAAAGGUAAUUCUAUGUUUAUAUAUUUUUUUAAGCCAAAAGGGAGUGGUAUGAAUGGAUAUUUUCUUACAAUCUUUCUUAGCUAUGAGUCGUUUGUAAGUUGGAUGCUUGUAAUUUGGGGACUGUUUGUACUGUAUAUGACUAUUCCAGUGCUGGUUUUAACCUGCUCCAAUUUGAAAGUUAUUUGUAUGCUUCACAGUCAAAAUUCAACAUCUUCCAUUGAACUAUUGUUGUAUAGAAAGUGCAUCAACUUUUAAACCCAAUUGCUGUUAAUAGUGAAACCCACACAAUGUUUGCCUUCUGCUUUCACUUAUCCCUAGAUACUCUUAGGAUUAGCAAAAAACUAACAAAAAACAGAAAUUGGUGUUAGAAUAAUUCCUUAGUUCUAUCUUUAUUGAUAGUUUAUGAAUGUUGUAUUGAAUGCAGAUGUGUACUGUAAUCCAGUCAUAUCAUUUGCUGAAGCUUUAACCUCAGGGAAAACCCUUGACCAUUUAUCUCAGCUUGUGAGAACUAAAUGAGCAAGACUGUACUCCUAACCCAUCCUGAGCCAUUGAAACAGUACUUGUAUGUGUUCAUGUUCUUGUUUGGGUCUUGUUGCAAUUUUUCUUGUGUGUUUUAUUUGAUGUCACACUCCAUUAUCACAAAUAAAUAACGACAAAGCAAAAUAA